GCAUAAAGAAUGCCCUGCGCUGUAUCACCUACCACAUUUAAGCAGGCACAACAAAGGCGACAAAUCAGAGCAGCACAGAGUAACAACGCGAAAGUAGGAGAAGCUGGCCGAGCACAUAUGAAUCGCGUUGUGAGACUUCUGAGGAAAUUUUCCUCCACCCGGAAGAGCAUCAACGAGGAGGAUAUCACCAUUUUGAAGAAAAAGCUACGAUGCAAAUUUAAAAGUGUCGGCAUGCUCGAGCUAGACACGCUGAUAAACAACUACUUAAACGCGAACAUAAAUCACAUGGGCCGGGAGAAAGCAAAGCUUCUCUAUAACCUGAUGGAUAUAGACACAACAAAUUUGUUGAAGCUUUUUUAUUUUUACUCGAACAAGGAAAAUCAGAAGGUGGAAAAACUAGCGGAGCAUUUGAAGAACGUAGACGAGGAGGAAAUAAAAGACACGUUCAAGUUGCUAAUAGAUAUUUUGCAUAAUAACGAAAAGCUUGUCCGUUCGUGAUGGGUAUAGAGAAGGGGUAAAACCCACAUUUGGGGAAAAAAUUACCUGCUUAUUAGUCGAUCCCCCCUUUGGUGGCGUUGCUCCUCGUUGGUCAGUACUGCACGUAGUUGGAUAGGCUGCAUAAAUGGUGAAGCGGGGAGAAGCGGUAAGGAGCGGAGAGCAGUGGCGGUGGGGAAGCUGUAUGGGUAUGCCGCUGCUUACUCUCCCAUUUUUCCCUCCCAUUUUGCACCCCUUCUCCCCGCACCGCUAUCCUUGCCUUACAUUUGAACCAAGUCGGCGUGGCUUAUGUUCCCCUGCGCGUCCACCUAUUUUGUUAACAUAGAAGAAUGGAAAAAAAAUGACGACCCCUUUAAUAAUAUUUUUUUGUAAAAUCGUUUGGC